AUGGUUUCCGACAAGAACAAGAAGUUGAAAGUUUCCGACAAGAGCGAGAACCCUGAGGAAAUCGAUGGAGAACUUGUAUUAUCCAUCGAAAAGUUGCAAGAAAUCCAAGACGAGCUCGAAAAGAUCAAUGAGGAGGCAAGUGACAAAGCUCUUGAUAUCGAGAAAAAGUACAAUGAGAUAAGGAAACCGGUGUAUGAUAAGCGCAAUGAUCUUAUCAAGUCAGCUAUUCCCAAUUUCUGGCCAACUGCCUUUAUGAUUCAUCCUACUCUUGGCGAUCUUUUGAACGAAGAAGAUCAAAAGAUAUUUAAGCAUUUAAGCUCUCUUGAGGUUGAAGACCAUAAAGAUGUCAAAUCAGGCUAUUCAAUCACUUUUAACUUCAAUACUAAUCCAUAUUUUGAGAAUAUAAAGAUUGUGAAGACUUUUACCUUCGUUGAAGAAGGAACAACAAAGGUCAUUUCUACACCCAUAAAGUGGAAAGAGGGCAAGGAAAUUCCCAAAGGAGUUAGUGAGGAGAAGAAAGGGAACAAGCGGCCUCCUUCUAAUACUAGUUUCUUUAGCUGGUUCAGUGAUACCGAGCUAAAAGAUGACAUGGAUGAUGGGAUUGCACAAAUUAUCAAAGAAGAUUUAUGGCCAAAUCCGCUUAAUUAUUUUUCUAAUGAGGAUCCUAACGAGGCAGAUGAGUAUGAGGAUGAAGCUAGUGGUGUGGAAAAGGAUGAUGACGAUGAUGAUGAUGAUGAUGACGACGACGACGAUGACAACCAAGAGGAUGACAGUGAGGAGGAAGAAUAG